GAAUUCCAAUUGUAAUGGUGCGGUUCUUACAACUCCGAAAACGAAUCAGUAUUCCACGUUUAGGAAGGUUUAAAGCCCUAAUCUGGCCGUUAGUUACCAACCAUUUCACUGUACUCUGAAAACAGUCUCCAAGAAGAAACGAAUCAGGUUGAUAAAAUACGCAUGUAGGGCAGUGCAAUGUGUUGAGUGUGCAGCAGUAACGUUUCUAUCAAUGGCAGAAUGUGUGGCUUCCGCAUUCUGUGUUAAGCUGAAUGCUCAGAGAAGGCUAGUUACUGGGAGAGGCUUCUCUGGUCAGAUUACAAAUCUCAAAACUGUUCAAAGAAGUGUAUUUGGGGCCAGAGAUUUGAAAUUCACUACUCGUACUCAGGAACUUCCAAUAAAAUGCAUUGGUUUAGGGCCUUUGGUUGACUUUGGUGGUGCAACGACCUCUCAUUUGGUUCCAGUUGUUGACCAGAUGCUUUUGAUGGGCAGUAUAUUUCUUACUUACAUGGCUGGAGUAAUUCCUGUUGAGAAAUCCCAUGCUAGUUAUCAAAAGACUAAUUCUGAUAAAAAUGUUUUUCCUCAAAGCUCAGACAUUUCUGGUAGUUCAGCAAAGCAAAAUUAUGGACUUGAGUCAAAGUAUGUAUUACACGUAGUUAGAGAAAAAAUUUUGAAUUCUCUAAAUGCCUUGGAGGACAAGGCUUAUUCUGGAGACAUCAUCCUUCAAUCGGCCAAGAAACCCUUGAGUUUAAGUGCUGUUGCCAGGGGUCCAAAGUUAAGGUUGCUUUGGGCAGCUUUUCAGCAAGUUGAAGAAGAGGUCAACAAUAUCUUAAGCAUUUCCAGAACUGUUGGUAUGGAUGGUCUGUUUGGAAGGUUUUCAGAAAUAAUUCAGAGAUCCUGUCACCCUAUCUGUGCUGCGUGGCUGGAAAAGGAAUUUUUCCUUCUAAAGGGAAAUGCUGACAAGGAACUUGCGUCAAUGAUACUUGAAAAGGUGAAAGGGGAUAGCACUGUUGUUGAGAGCAUUGCAAGGUCUGGCAAGAAAGAUCUGUAUUCGGAAUUACUUUGGUAUCUUACUUUUGGUUCUCUCAGGGAGGACUGCUAUUAUGAUUCGUGUAUAUUUGCUGUGCAUGGGAUUUCUAUUUUAGAAGAUUUAAUUGUAGCUCUAGCAGAUGGGGUUGCAAGCAUAUAUCUGGAGUUCAAUUCAGUUGAUAGUGAUGUGUCAAGUAAAACCAAUAGCUUGGAUAUGUCAUUAUGUGCUUUAUCCACCAGAGAACUCCAAAAGCUACGUAACGAGGUGGCUUUGAAUCAGUGGUUGUGCCACAACAUGGACACAGUAGUGUCAAUGUAUGAGGAUCGUUUCGACCUGUGUAUUCUUGAGAGCAAACCCAUUGAUCUAACGGACAGUAUUCAGACCGAAGAGCAAAAUUGGUGGAAGAAGCUUACCCAGCAAAAUUCAAAAACAAAGUCUCCUGAAUUACAUUGCAUUGAGAUUAGCCAUUUCUCAAUACCUGUAAAGCGGACCAAGGAAUUAAGAGCCCUAACAGGAUGCUUACCACAGGUCACACUUUUGACGUCCUUUUCCAGGCUUGCUAGAGAAUUGCAAUAAUCACGUUGAGAUGCUAAUGCAGAGGAAUCAUUAGGAGAAGCAGCAGGUUAGCCCAGUCUAAUUCAUAUAAAUGCAGACCAAAAUGGAUCGGACUAGCCUAUAUACCUAUAUUCCUGUAAUAGUGAAACAAGGCUCCUCUAAUUUGAGCAAUUCGGGUAUAAUACUUAAGUUUUGAGCCUGUUAAGAUCAUAAUAGUUUAGAUGAAGUAAAGGUACAACCCGCACCCUUUCUCACUUUAGAAACACUCAUUUUUGAGGAACUUUGGUUAAGUCCAAUUGGUUCUAAUUUAUGUAUUGCAGGCGAUAUUACUUCAGCCUUUUCUUGGAGUUGUCUGACAUCACCAUGCCCAUAAUUAGAGCAGUUAUUGAUAAAGUGAGUGAUGCUAUCUCAUUCUUUUUAGUUAGCUUGAUUGGGAGGUCUUUAGGACUCAUUUAUACAGGCA